AUGGCAACAGCCGCUAUUGCUGCGACACUUGCAGCAACAGCAGCAGACAGUCUCAAGGCAGCGGGCUGCGAGGCUCCUCUGGCUUUUGAGGGGUUCUCUGGCUUACAGCAGGAGCAACAAAAGGGAACGCGAAUACAGCGGGGUCUCUAUAGCAUUCUUGAAGGCCUACGGCAGCUCCCCACAGAAUGGGAGUCUAUGGCUCCUGCUGCUAUUGCUGCAGCGCGGGGCUACGCCACACCUUAUCCUACUGCACCUGAUGCAGCACCUGCUGCUCCCGCUGCGUCGACAGCUGUCUCGGAUAUUGAGGUGCUGCUUCAAGAAGGCGCAGCAGCAGCAAAACAACUGAAGAAGAGCUGGUUGGGCGCACAGUAUGUGUUACUGCUUCAAACAGAAACAAACGUGGCGCCACCGCAAGAGCAGCAGCAACAGCUUCUGCAGGGCGAUACUAUCUGGCGACGGUCAAAGCGCUUUCUUUCCUCGGUGUUGCCGUUGCGCCGUUUGGAGAGGUGCAAAGACAGCGCUGAUAGUAGCAGCAGCAGCGGUAAUAGCAACAUUCUUUCCCAGGAAGCGAACAACAAAGACAGUGGGGGAGACUUGCUGCUGCAGCUUCUGCAAUUGGCGAUGCACUCGACGGUGCGCUGA